AAGCAUUCCCGGAAGUAGCAUUUGUAUUUUGAAUCAUGUGAUAUGUGUUAGGAUUUUGCAUCGUUGUUGGUUUAAGGUUUAAUAGCUAAUAGUUUUGCUAUAUUAACUACGUCCUCUGCUGUUAAUUAGCUUAGCAUUUGGAGAGCAGUUGGUUAAGCUAACUAGCAGCCCCAAAGGGGAGGGGAUAAAAGGUAAAGGGACUCUGACAGGAGAGCUCAAAAUAAUGGACAAGAUAGCUAAAGAUGUGGGUGAUAUCCAGUCACGACUGCUGGACCACAGACCGGUCAUCAAUGCAGAGAUCCGCUACUUUAUGAGAGAGUUUGAGGAAAAGCGGGGGUACAGGGAGAGCCGUCUGCUGGAGAACAUCAAUAAAAGCGUGCUGGAAACGAACGAGCAAAUGCCGCCAGCAAAUUUCGAGGACAUGAAACAUCAGCUGUCUGACAUCAGUAAACGGUUGGACGCUGCUAAUCACAUGGCAGAGAGAGUCCAGCAGAGGGAGCUAGAGGCCCAACAGGGCACCCAGCUGAAGGCGAACAUGGAGCAGCUGAAAGAAGACUGGGCCGAGUUCCUGAAGGAGCAGCAGAGAUUAAAGGAGGAGGUGGAUGAAGAGCACGCACGGGCUGUAGGACAACUCAGCACUAAAUACAACGAAAAGAAGAAGGAGCUGGCCAAGUUUACCCUCUGAUCUGCUGAUGUUCCCGUGAGGAUGCGAGUGCACAAUGUGCCCUCUCUUAUUCAGUGAAUACAGUCGGUCCUGCACGCCUGUGUUACACAUACUAAACAAAACUACUGACUUUGCUCUGUGUACUUGAUGGCUGGAAGCAAAAGAGCAUUAAAUUCAGCAAGUUCCAAAUCGUGAAAUAUGAAAGCGUGAUUAACAACUUGUUGUUUUCACAGGCCCUCAAACUCAAGCACAUGGAAUAUGUACAGCAUGUAAAAAAAGAAAAGAAAAAGCCUGGAAUAUGUCGUUUUUAAACAAGCAGUCAUUUGAUUGUUCGUUGGCUGUGAAAUUUUCAACAUUUUAAGGUUUUUAAUGGAUGCCUGCCUGAAGGGUCCUGAUGGUAAAUUAACAUCGUGUUGAAAGCAGCCUUGAGUUUGGCACCACGGGGAGAUGUUCCGAGCACUUAAAGCGAGGUCGUUAAACGCUCGAGAAGCCCUUGUGGGCAGGUGUGCGUGAAGAAGAAACCGUCUCUCACCACCUCUGCUGUGUUUGGAACAUGUGACCUCUCACUUUAGCUACAAGUCAACAAACUGUCACGAUAAAAGUUUUUUGCUGAAACCGAUAUGCAUCAGCAGCUUAUGUUGUGUUUUUUCUUUCUCCUGCCACCUCAAAUCGAAUAUUCUUAUGUGAAAACAAAAAUUCUAAAUCAAAUCUGGAUUUUCUGGCUUUAAUCUCCCUGUAGCCCUGUAUGGUCGUCAGGCUUUGUGUGUAGUGUUCCUAACAAGUGUAAAUUUGAGCCUAUGAGCACAAUAGCAUGUAAAUGUAGUGAUAUUAACUGGAAAAGAACUAAAAUACUUUGUUGGUCUUGACCGUGACCAACAUGCUCUGCUUUUAAUGAAGUGUUUUGUUUUCUUGCACGGUGGCACACUUUGGGACAGGUGAAUGGAUGGGUGGGUGCGCUUGGCACAUUCUUGGCUUGGCUGAGAACAGAGUUCAUCUCAAAGAACGUAGCAGGAGAAAUAUUUAACAGAA